AUGGGUGUUCAACGCCCAAACAAAAAUCAGAAAGAGGCAAAAAAUGUAGCUUGGUGUGUGAAGGAAGAUGUUGCCCUUAUGUCAUCUUGGAUCUAUGCUAGCGAAGAUAGCGUUCGAGAAAAAGAUCAAAGAGGGGAAUCACUUUGGGCACGUGUUCAUAAAUUGUAUCACAACACUCAAGCAAAAAAUCCAAAUGAGCUCAACGAACGAAGCAUUGAAUCGAUGAAAGGUCGCUGGAAACGUCUUAACGAAAAUGGAAACAAAUGGGUUGCUACUUGCAGGGAAGCAAAUGCUCGUAGAAGGAGUGGCAUGAGCGACAACGAUGUUGAGAAAGAAGCUCAUUCCAUUACGAAGCAAGUGGAAAUAAAUGUUGAUGACCAGGAAAGUGGUGGCAGUUCGAAAAGAUCAAAGACUUCGGAAGAUGGGGGAUUUUCUAUCCCUUCUAAUCCAGAAACUCCAACAUCUGAACUGUCAACUGCGACUCGUCCCAUUGGAAGAGAUAAGGCAAAAAGGAAAGAAAAAGGUAAGGUCUCACAAUCUGAAUCUACUCAUGAAUCUGUUGUUGCUGCAGAACUUCGUGCAAUGAGACUCACUAGAGAUGCCGAAGCUGAGUUAAUAAAGACUCGAGCGCGAGAAGUUACAAAGAAACGCAAUGAAGAUGAAAGAAAAAAUGUUGCUUCAAUUGUUGGCGAAAGAGCACUUAUCUCCAGAAGAUGA